GCACUUCACCCCACCACACCACUCACCCGACAAUACAAUACAAUACAGCUCAGUUCGUUCCCGCAUUUACAUUUCUCUAUCUUAUCAUUCAUUCAUCCCUACCUUUCUCUGCCCAACUUUUGUCCUUUCUUCUUUCCUCUUCGUCUCCAGGGCAUGUGGCUUGCUCUUCAUAUGAAUUAUGCUUCUUGUCUCACUCUACUCUUUGUCAUUUUUGCUGCCGAACUGAAGCUCUUUACUUAAAUUUCUAGGAUACUGAUCAUCAAUUCUUGAGCUACCUUCAUAUUCCGGUCCUCUGUAUUUUGAUCUUCUAGCUAUCCGUUACAAUACAAAAAUGGAAGCGAGAAUGGGAGCUGAAACGCAACUUUUCAAUAAAAGCUUAGAGUGGGAUCCCAAUGAUUGGAAAUGGGAUGGUGAUCUUUUCAUUGCCAAGCCUAAGAUUCCUUCUUCUAAUUACCAGUUUUUUCCCCUCCAAACUGGAAACAGUUCCUCUUCGUGCUCCGAUGAAGUAAAUAUUGGGGAAUUUGAGAAGAGGAGGAGGAGGAGGGAAAACGAUGAAAAUUUGGAAUAUGAUUCUGCUUCUCUUUCACUCAAGUUAGGUGAACAACGAGGGCAUCCUAGGGAAUUUGGUAAAAGGACCAAACUAAAUACUACUUCGAGCAGAGCAAUAUGUCAGGUUGACGAUUGUGGGGUGGAUCUCAGCAAUGCCAAAGACUACCACAGACGACAUAAGGUUUGUGAGAUGCACUCUAAAUCCAGUAGGGCACUCGUUUCAAAUCUUAUGCAGCGUUUCUGCCAGCAGUGCAGCAGAUUUCAUGCACUUGAAGAGUUUGAUGAAGGGAAACGAAGUUGUCGUAGGCGCCUAGCUGGUCAUAAUAAAAGAAGGAGGAAGACACAAGCUGACUCAGAUGAUAACAGCAAAACUCUGAAUGAUGUCCAGGCAAGUGGUUAUUCAUUGAUGAGCCUGCUAAGGAUACUCUCCAAUAUGCAUUCCAACAGACCAAAACACAUAGAAGAUCAGGACCUGUUGUCUCAUCUUUUGAGAAGCCUUGCCAGCCAGGGUGUCCCGAACGGAGAUAAUAAUUUAUCUGGACUUCUGCAAGCAUCUUCAAACUUGCUGAAUAAUAGGUCACCCUCCCGAAAUUCAGAUAUAGUUUCACUGGUCUCAAAUGGUUCUCAAGGCCCUCCCAUACUGAAAGAACAGCACUUUGCUACUUUAGCAGCUCAGGGGUCUCAGAGAAGUUCAGGUGUACAUGAUGUCAGGCUUGAAGAUGUGCGAACAAAGUCUUGUCGAAGUCCAGGCACUUCGUUUCCAAACCAGAACUGUUCUCCAGCUUAUGCACAAGCCAGGGAGAGUUCUGCCAGGAGGAGCAAGUUGAUUAACUUUGACUUGAAUGAUGUUUAUGAUGGUUCAGAUGAUGGCGGAGAAAAUCUAGACAGAUCACCUUUGCCUUCAGAUAGGGGGAUUGGUCCUCUUGAGUACCGUUCUUGGUUACAACAGGACUCUCACCAGUCAAGUCCACCUAGUAGGAACUCAGAUUCUGCUUCUACACAGUCACCUUCCAGUUCCAGUAGUGAUGCUCAGAGCCGCACUGAUCGUAUAGUUUUUAAACUAUUUGGAAAAGAUCCUAGUGAUUUUCCGUAUGUCUUAAGAGCACAGAUUCUUGACUGGCUAUCUCACAGUCCAACUGAGAUUGAGAGCUACAUUAGGCCUGGUUGUAUUGUCUUAACAAUAUAUCUGCGGCUUCCUGAGUCUGCAUGGGAGGAGCUUUGUUGUGAUCUGAGCUCCAGUUUGAGUAGGCUUUUGGAUUUCCCUGGCGAUAGUUUCUGGAGAAAAGGAUGGAUUUACAUUAGGAUGCAAAACCAAAUUGCAUUUGUGCAUGAUGGGCAGCUUCUUUUAGAUGUCCCCUUGCCGUCUGAGACUGUUGAGCAUACUUCAAUUUUAAGUGUCAAACCCAUAGCUGUGCCAGUAUCUGAAAGAGCUCAGUUUAUAGUUAAAGGCUAUAACUUAACCAAGCCUUCGACAAGAUUACUUUGUGCUUUAGAAGGUAAAUAUCUGGUUACAGAAGCUACUGAUGAGGUAGAGCAUGUUGAUGGUGUCAACAAGCACGCUAAACUUCAGUCAAUAAAAUUGACAUGUUCUAUUCCAGCAGUAUCUGGAAGAGGAUUUAUUGAGGUUGAAGAUCAUGGUCUUAGCAACGGCUUCUUUCCUAUCAUAAUUGCAGAGGAGGAUGUUUGCUCUGAGAUCCGUAUGCUUGAGAGUGCAAUAGAGUUGAAUUCAGCAGAUUACAUUAGUGGACUGACAAAUAAUGUGGAAUUGAAAAGUCAAGCCAUGGAUUUUAUUCAUGAGAUGGGUUGGCUUCUUCAUAGAAAUAAUUUGAAGGCUAGAUUGGGGAAUUCCAAUGCAGUCCUCUUUCCUUUGAAGCGGUUCAAGUGGCUUAUGGAGUUCUCUAUAGACCAUGAUUGGUGUGCAGUUGUCAGGAAACUGUUGAACUUUCUUCUUGACGGAACUGUUGGAGGAGAGGAGAAUUCUUUCCUGAAAGUUUCACUAUCCGAGAUGGGUCUACUUCACAAAGCCGUGAGGAGGAAUUCCAGGCCCCUGGUGGAGCUGCUAUUGACAUAUACUCCAGAGGAAGUAGCGGAUGAACUAUGUUCUGAAUACCAAUCUCUGGUUGGGUUUAACGGGAAAUUCUUGUUUAGACCAGAUAUUGUUGGGCCUGCAGGAUUGACUCCUCUUCAUGUUGCCGCUGGGAUAGAUGGAUACGAAGAUGUUCUAGAUGCAUUGACCGAUGAUCCUGGAAUGGCAGCGGUUGAAGCAUGGAAGAACAGACGUGACAGUGCAGGUUUCACACCAGAAGAUUAUGCUCGAUUACGAGGACAUUACUCGUAUAUCCACCUGGUCCAGAGAAAAAUAAACAGAGUAACUCCCAAACAUAUCGUAGUUGAUAUUCCCAAUAACCUGUCAGACAGGAAUAGCAACCAGAAAGAUGAGUGUGCAGCCGCCACUUUUGAGGUAUCACAGACCGAGGGAAGACUCAUUCAGCCCUGCGGAAUGUGUGAUAAGAAGCUGGCUUAUGGAAGACAGAGUCGAUCCCUGUUAUACAGGCCCGUAAUGUUCUCAAUGGUGGCGCUCGCUGCUGUUUGCGUUUGUGUUGCUCUCCUCUUUAAGAGUUCGCCAGAAGUUCUCUACAUAUUCCGUCCCUUUAGGUGGGAAUUGUUGGAUUAUGGAUCUAGCUGAUUUUACGCCAAUAAAUCUGAUAGUUGUACCAUAGGUACAUGUACCUGUAUACAUCUAUGUAAAAUGUAGGGUCUGAAAUGUGCUGUAGGAAUGCCCCUUCAGACAAUUCAUAUCCUAGCGAUUAACUUAUUUAUUUUGUUUGAUUAGUUAGUGUUACUAGGUCCCCCGUCCGCCUCUUCUAUUUUUGUCGUUGUAUUUUAUGAGAUUGGAUUCACAAUAAGGAAAAAUUUAUGUUAUGUCGGUCGAAAUUACAAAGUGUAUGUAUAUAUAAGGUAAAUAAUUUUGAGA